AUGAAAGCCAAUAUUUUAAAUUUUGUUUUGUUUUCAAUUGUUAUUUGUUCUUUUGAAUAUGCCCCAAAAGAAUUAUACUAUGUAAACGAGAGAAGUAUAUACCUUGAAAGGAAUAUAAUAUAUUUUAGAAAUAAUAGGAUAUUAGCAGAUCCAUACAAAAAAUUCGAUUUUAAUGAUUUUUAUAAAUCAUCUUUGGGUUCUGGAUAUCAAUUUGAUGGCUACAAUGAUGAUGAAGAAAUAACAAAUCUUCGAAAUAUUAUAGAUUCACAUAUAACGAAGCAUAAAGAAAGUAAUAAAACACCCAAUUUAAAUAAUAUGGAUGAUGAAACGAAAAAAUUAAUUUAUGAGCUUCGAAAAGAUAUAGAAGAAAUAAAAAAGGAAAUUAACAAUAAAAGGAAUGGUAAGCCAGAAGCACAAUCGAUAGAAAAUAAAAAAUUAGCAAAAAAAUGUAAAAAUAAUCCUGUAUCAAAAGAUGCAAACUUUGAAGAAUUGGAAAAUGAACAAAAUGAUGAAAUCGUUUCAAGGAGUGAUAAUAAAUUAGAAACUGAUCCCGAGACAAGAAAAUCGAUAAAAAAAUUAGUGAAGAGGGGAUUGGUGUUGGCUGCACUUUCUUUAGGGUUUAUAAUAUCAGGAGGGCUUACUAUUCCAUUUAUUGUUAUAGUUACACUGCUUUCAUUUGACACAAUUAAGAAAUUGUUGCGCUACACUAAAUCAGAAUUAAAAAACCCAAAAAUAUUCAAAAUAUUAAAAUAA